UUCCACUUGACCUCGUAUUCAUGUAUAUAUGAGGAGAUUACAGAUGUUAAAAUGGGGUUGGGGGGUGAGUGGUAGUGAUUUAGUGAAGGAUUUCCAGAAGCUACUACUCAAUCAGCCAGUCAGUCAGCCAGUCAGUCUGGAUGUUACUGUCUCUCUCUGCGAGGCACCAGAGCACUGUCAAUGCCAAACUUUUCAAUGGCCCUCUGAAGAAGAGAGAAACCGCUCACAUAUCUCCACUAAGUACGCUCACCCUCCACUGUGCCAUGUCGAGGCUCAUGAUCAUCUGACCUUUGUCCUUCCU